GGCCCUAAGAGUAAGCCGUGGCCACAGAAGGGCACCGGCAGAGCGCGUGCCAGAGGUUAUCGGGCGCCGCAAUGGAUCCACGGCGCGUAUGUGACGGGUCCUCGUGGGCCCAAAACUCACUUCUAUUUAUUGCCGUUUCAUAAACGAGUCAAAGGACUCGUAUCGAUGUUGUCGGCGAAGUUGGCUCAGGACGACCUCAAAGUGGUCGAUACACUCGACUCCCUGUCCGCCGAUACCGGCGAACACGUGGAAGAGCUCUGCGAUGCCAGGGGUUGGGGUCCGAGUGUGCUCUUCGUGGACAAGUCGGACAUAUUUCCCCGCAAUAUAUCGGUGGCCACCGAUUCAAUCAAACACAUCAAUCUUAUGCCCGUCUAUGGACUCAAUGUGUUCUCAAUGUUAAAACACGAGACACUUGUUCUCACGUUAGAAGCGGUCGAAGAGAUUGAGAAAAAACUAUUGUUUCAUUUGAAAAGAACUGAUUUAUGGGACGUUAUGUCCAAAAUCAAGUCCUCGAAAGGUUUACAUCUCUAA